AUGGCUUCUACAACCCAAAGUAGUCAAGCCCACACAGCAGAUCAACCUCCAACUCAAUCCUCAGAGACCGAUCAGCCUCGCCUCUCCACUGCCGGCCACCCCCAGCCCGGGUACCCUCAAUCUACUAUGAACUAUGCUCAGCCUCAAAAUGGGUAUCCCCCACCCCUGCCCUACCAUGGCUACCCUCCAAACGCCAGUUACAACCCUUAUCAGGCGGACCCGAAUGCGUAUUACGCCACCACCUAUUCUCAACACGAUGAAGCCGCGAGCAGUUUUGCCCGCUGCUUCUGCAUCAUACUAUUCCUCUUACUCACUGGGACCCUUCUGGCUAGCAUCAUCAUGUUCGCAGUCGUCCGUCCCGAAAAUGUCACCUUCAAAGUCGAGUCUUUCGGCGUUUCCAAUUUCAACAUGGUCCCGACAACCAAAGUAGUCUCGGGCAAAUGGGAGGCCACGAUGUUCGUGGAAAACCCUAGCUUUGGUCUGAGGAUGCACGUGGACAAAUGGGAAACUGCCUUGUACCACAAAGAUAACUUUUUGUCGUCGGGAGGGUCGUUCAUGCAGGACAUGCGGUUGGACUCCAAGUCCAAAGGCACCAUGCAGUUGAAGAUGGAGAUGUCCAACUCCACGGCAGGGAGCUCGUCAGUGGAGGACAUGGAGAAGGAGCAGAAGGAAGGAGGGGGUGUGAGCUUCAAUUUAAGGAUGUCGCUCACGUACACAAUGCAACAUGGGUGGUGGUAUAGUAUAAACUAUAGGGCCGGGAUACUCAGGGUGAAAUGUACGGAUUUGAAGGUAAAUCUUCCGGUGGGUGCAAGUAGUGGAAGCAUGCCUGGUGGGAGCUCAAAGAAAUGCGACAUUACCGACGGUUGGUAA